AUGAGUAGACUUUAAGAAAAGAAUUUUAAAAUUAUAGUAGCAAUUAAAAAUCUUUCAGAUUUCGCCUUAACGGAAAAAAUAGAAUGUGUAAUCACUUUAGAUAAACAGGAAUAAAUAGUUGUUUAUCCUUUCUCUCAAGCAAUCUUUUUUAACACAGACCAUUUGGAAAGGACCACACCGUUUUAAUUGCAAUUUAGAACUUAGAAAGAGCUUCUCCCAUUCGGAAGUCUUCCUAUUUUAAUACCACAGAACGUAAACGAAAAAGAUGAAAUAGAGAUAGUGAAACAAUUUUAGUUUGGUCUACCUACUUCAGAUUAAAAUUUGAAAGGCUCUUAUUAUAUUAUUAUUCUUAACAAAUAAGUUUUUAUGGAUAAAAAUAGUGGAAAACAAUCUUCAAGUUUGAAAGAAUAGGUUGAUGAAAGACUCACCACAUUCGGUAACUAAGCAAAAGACAAAGAUGAAGGAAAGCUUAAAUCUUAAUUAGCUAGCAAUUCUUCUUAAACUCUUUAAGGAUCUGCAAAUAAGUAAAGAAUUGAGAAGAGUCCUUCGAAUAAACGUUAUUUAUAGUCUUUAAAAAGCAAGUCAAAUGCAAAUUCAGCAGCUUCUACUACUUCAUCAUAUCUGAAACCAAGUGUUGCAAAUAAUACUAAUGAAUAAAACUCUUAACCCUCGAGUUAGUAUAAUAGCAACACAAAUUCCAGUCAUAAAAGAAAUUCAAGUACUUCUGGUAUUAAUACUACGCCUCAAAAAGCAAGUAUUACUUAAACAUAUCUUGUUUAAAAUUCCUUUCUUCCUACUAGAAGCAACUCAAAUUCAAGAUAAAAUCCUACUUCUUCCUCCGCUUAGAAAACAAAUUUAUCAAAUAGUUAAAACAUUGGAGUAGCAACUCCCUCCAAUGCACAGAACACAUAAGCUGGUUAAAAUAAUGAAACUUUAGGUAAAGAUUAAAGAAGGUAAAGCAAGGACAUAACUCAUAGUUAACAAGCUGAAUAAGAAUAAUCAACUUUAGAGAAAGCCAGCAACCCAGGAAAGCAAUCUGGAGUCUCUGAAGGAGCAAAGUCUGCAAGCAAUUUUAGAAAUGAUAAUAAAAUGGAUAGAUUUGAAAAAAUAUUUAAGUAUUCUCCUCCAAAAAAUCAUUCCCCAUAUAGAUCAAUAUUGAAAAAAGAUACAUCAACUAUUUCACCUAUUGGAAGUGCAGCUAAAGAAUAGCAUCAAUAGCAAGCAACAAGCUCAAAUCAUUAAUCUCAUAAUAACUUGUAGUAAAACUAAAUCCCAAGCUCAAAUAAUUAAAGUGCCUAAAAAAGUGGUAUCUUAAGCAGUGCUACUAAACCUGUAAAUAAUAAUAGUGCUGAAAAGCAUUCUGAUUAUUAUACAAAUAACAUUCAUACAGCAACUGGUAUAUAAUCGUAAAAAAAUAGCGAGAAAAAGCCAUCUUAAUUAGAAUAAGGUAACAGUGAGAAUAGGGUAAAUCACCUCUAAAAUAGCGACAAUCGUAGAAAUUAAUUUGGGGGAAGUGACACUAAAUCUAAUUUAAAUAACAUGUACUAAAGCAAUAGCCUUUAAAAUACAAGAUAUCCAGCUACUUCUGAUUUUGAUUCUUAGCUAAACAGAGAUAAAUAGCUCUAUACUCAAUCACCAAUAGAAUUACCUGAUAGUCCCUUAAAGAAGAGAAUUUAAUCUACAUCACCACUUCGAUUGAGUAGCUAUUAGCCUGAAAAAAUGUCACCUGUUAGAAAAUCAUCAAUAGGAAACAUUAAAAAAAGUAACUUAAAUAGCACUAGUCCUCUAUCUAAAAGUGGUUACUUGUCACCUGCAGGUAAUGGCUUGAAUUAUUUACUUAACUUAGAUGGUUCUAAGAGAGAGUCUAAGCAUGAAAUAGAAAAUCUAAAAACAGUUAUUUACAGCUUAGAUGGAAAAUUGAAGAAUUUGCAACAAACAGAGGAAAUGAAUAGGUUUUUAACUGAAGAAUUAAAAAGAAGUGAAGAGGCUAGGAAAGAAUUACAGCUAGUUUUGUAGCGUUAAGUAGAGAUAGAAGUAGAGAGUAGAACAGAUAUUGAAAGGAGGUUGGCUGAAUUGAUCAGAGAUAAACAGGAAAUGCACAAUGUGAUUAUAUCAAAAGAAAAUGAAAUAACUUCACUCAUAAGAUAGCUUGAUUAAAUGUCACAUGACUUAAGAUAAUUAGAUAAAGAUUAUCACAAUUUGAAAGUAAGCUAUUUGUCUUUUGACGAAUUGAAAUAGCAAAACUUAUUAUACCGUGAAGAUUUGAAUAACCUGAUGUCAAAACUAAGAAAUUCUACUUUUGAUUUUGAUGAUAGAUUUGACAAACUAUACAAAAGCAUAAAUAUUUUAGAAGAAGAAAAGGCACUUCUUUCUAAUUAAAAAGCAGAAUUAUAAAAUAGAGUUAGUUAAUUCUAACUAGAAAAUUAAAAUUUGCAUGAAUCGAAUAUUCAAAAGUAGUAUGAAAUUGAUUCUCUACUUCGUAAGCUAUCACUCCAAACAGCAUAUGAAGACGGAUUAAGAAUAAAUAAUGCUUAAGUUGAAGCACUAAAUAUUUAACUCAAGGAAGAGUAAAGACAGAAAUUAGAAGCAAGAGAAAUGGCUGAUAACCUUCACAGAUAAAUUAUGGAUUUAAAAAUAGAAAGAGAAGAAAUCGUCACAAGAUAUAAAGAAGACAUAAAUCUCUUAAAGAGGACCCUGGAAAAAUCCUAGCAAACAAUUCACGAUCAAAGUGAAGCAUUAACUGAGAUGUCAAAAGUUAGUUUCUUAAAUAAGCAAGAAAAUAAUUAGAAUGAAAUUAGAAAAUAACUCCUUAAUGAUUUAGAAGAGCAAUUAACAAGUGAAAAGAAAAGAGGUGAACGUCUAUCGUUAGAACUAAAUGAAUUAAAGAAAAGAAGUUAUGAAUAAUGUGAAUUGCUAAGUACCUAAAAUAAUGAAAUUUCUCAAUUAAAGUAAAAUAUUCGUGAGUUAACUAAUUUGGUUGAUGAAGGAGAAGAAUAUGCUUAAAGUCUUAAGCAAUUAAUUUUUGAAUUGCGCGAAUCUCACUCUGAUUAUAUACCUAUUAAGGGAGACCCCAUAGACUCUUGCUUAGCAUAGUAUUUAAACAACUUUAAUGGUGAUAAAAGAAAAGCUCGUACAUUAUUCAUAAGAGAAGGUUCUGGAGUAUACCAAUUUGGUUCUAAAAAAGUUUAUGUUAAAAUUGAGUAAGAUAAGGUUUUGAUUCGUACAGGUGGUGGCUUUAUAGGUCUUGAGGAAUUCCUUGAUCUUUACACUCCUUCUGAGCUUGAAAAGUAUAAUAGAAAUGACCCUCUCAAAGUAUUAAACUAGAAUUAUUCAGUAAAUAAAAAAUUAUCUCAAUCUAAACUUGUCAAUGAAAUCAAAGAAAUGCAGACUGUCCCUCUUUAAAACACAUCUCUUGGACCCUCAUUCUCAAAAAUUAAAUGA